UUUGCUUCUUCUGUUACUGAAAAACAGGACAUUUGGAAAGGAUGUACAAAGGGAUAUUUCUUUGUGUUUUAUUUGCUGUGAUCUGUGCAAACUCACUGGCAAAGCCAAGUAGCGAUGCAGAUGAAGAUAAUGAUGAAGUUGAGCGCUAUGUACGAGGCUGGGCAUCUAAAAUAGGACAAACUUUGGGAAAGAUAGCUAAAGUUGGAUUACAGGGAUUAAUGCAACCUAAACGAGAGGCAAUGCUACGCAGCGCUGAGGCCCAAGGUAUGAUAGGUACUUUGACAAGCAAAAGAAUAAAACAAGGGUGAACAGAAAAACUUCGCUGGAGAAAAAGCAUUUCCCUGGAAAUAAUGUGGCACGGCUGAAGAAUAAUGUUAUCCCUUCAACCUUUCAGACUUCUUAAAAUACAUAAUUAAAAAGCAAAUAUCU